CAAUGUUUUCUUCUUUUUAUUAAUUAAAUGAUUAAUAUAAUAAUUAUGUAAAUGAAUUAAAAAAGAAGUAACAUUUAUUUUCUCAAUCUCAGUGGUUGGGGAUAAGGAUGAAGAGCAGUAGUAUUUGUUGUUUCCCGUUCUGUCUCUGUAUCAUACAGAAACGUACAUCUGUAUAUUUCCUAUAUAAUCUUUGAAAAAAAAAAUGUUUAUAAUACACCAUGACCCUCUACACUUCCUCUUAUUUUGUAGGUAAGUGUGUGAAAUAUCCAGUCGCGUUGAUCUGCAAUGAAACCCCUGUGUAAAGGAGAUGACGCAGAACACUACCACGUUCCACCAAAGGGGGCAGACGUGAGCCCAACAGUAAUUUGCUUAAUUAUGUCUUGUGUUUCUUCCAUUAACAGGGCAAUAACUAGCUCUUUUCAAAAGGAGUACUGUGAACAAUUAUGGUAAUAAGGAUGAUGGAGGUGGAGAGACGUUUGAAACUAUAAGAGGAAAAAUAAGGAGGACAUAAACAAGAAAGUAAACUGAAAAGGAAAGACAUGGACGAUAUUAACGAAUGAAGGCCAUGGACAAUCAUUCAUGGUAUUAACUCCAUGUCUGGUGCGUCAUGAUUAAGGGUGGUUCCACCGUUGUGGGAGCAAAGUCAAAAGGUAAUAAAAAGGUGUUUGAUGGGAAACUGGACUUCCUUCUGAUUCCUGGCCAUUCCUGUUGUUCCCUGAGCAGCAGCAGGAGUCUACCAGAAGGUGAACUACAGUUUUAACCCAUGCCCCACCAUGCUGCAUUUGAGCAAGGGCGAUUUUGUAUGGGUGGAUUCUGGAGCUGGUGUGCCAAUCGGUGCCGAGGUGACCAUAAGCCAAACUGGCCAGCUCCAGUUGAUUGAUGAUGAAGGAAAGGAGCACAAGAUUAACAAAAAGACAGAGGGCGCCAUCCGACCCAUGCACCCCACCUCUGUGAAGGGAGUGGAUGACAUGAUAAGGCUGGGUGAUCUUAAUGAGGCGGGGCUCCUGCGCAACCUUCUGGUGCGACACAAAGAAGGCAUCAUCUAUACAUAUACAGGCUCCAUUCUGGUUGCAGUCAACCCUUACAAUGUGUUGCCCAUCUACACCCCGGACUACAUACACAUGUACAAGGAUCGACGACUGGGAGAGCUCCCGCCACACGUCUUCGCCGUUGCAGACAACUGUUUUUUCAACAUGCAUCGCAACAAAAAGAACCAGUGCUGUGUCAUCAGUGGAGAAUCUGGAGCAGGGAAAACUGAGAGCACCAAGUUGAUGCUGCAGUUCUUGGCAGCAAUAAGUGGACGGCACUCCUGGAUUGAGCAGCAGGUUCUGGAAGCAAACCCCAUCAUGGAGGCUUUUGGAAAUGCCAAAACUAUCCGCAACGAUAAUUCCAGCCGUUUUGGGAAGUACAUCAACAUCCUCUUUGCUGAGUCCGGGGCCAUUGAGGGAGCCUGCAUUGAACAGUACCUGCUGGAGAAGUCCAGAGUUUGUCGUCAGGCACCAGAUGAAAGAAACUACCACAUCUUUUACUACAUGUUGAUGGGCAUGCCCGCUGAAAAGAAAAAGAUCCUUUCCCUCGGCAAGGCUACAGACUACAACUUCCUGACCAUGGGUAAAUGCACCAGCUGUGAGGGACGUGAUGAUGUAGAGGAGUACACCCACUUCUGCUCAGCUCUGAAGAUCCUGAUGUUCACUGAGGAUGACUCAUGGGAAAUCUCCAAACUGCUCGCAGCUAUCCUUCACCUGGGGAACAUGAAGUUUGACAGCACUGUUAUAGAUAACCUGGAAGAGAGCAGCAUUGUGACAUCAUCAACUCAUUUUAAAGUGGCGAGCCAACUUUUGGAGGUGGACGUCAAGGCUCUGGAGAAGAGUUUGACUCAGCGCUCCUUGACAACGGCGGUGGAGAGUGUGACCAAACCUCUGACCACUGCUCAGGCUGUGGAUGGAAGAGACGCCUUUGUCAAGGCUAUUUAUGGAAAACUCUUCAUUUGGGUCGUGAACAAAAUCAACAACGUCAUCUUCAAGCCACCAGAGGAGGAAGACACGCGGUCCAGACAGUCGAUAGGGCUGCUGGACAUCUUCGGCUUUGAGAACUUCAACACAAACAGCUUCGAGCAGCUCUGCAUCAACUUCGCAAAUGAGCAGUUGCAGCAGUUCUUCGUCAGGCAUGUUUUCAGGCUGGAGCAGGAGGAAUAUGAGCGUGAAGACAUUGUUUGGAAUCACAUUCACUACCAGGACAACCAACACACCUUGGAUGUGCUGGCCAGCAAGUCCAUGAACAUGCUGGCUCUCAUUGAUGAGGAGAGCAACUUCCCCAAGGGCACAGACAGCACAAUGCUCCAAAAGAUUAAUCAGUUCCAUGGGAAAGGCAAGACCUAUAUUCCCCCCAAGCACAGCCAUGAGAUGCAGUUUGGAAUAAGGCAUUUUGCCGGAGUGGUCUACUAUGACUCCAAAGGUUUUCUGGAGAAAAACCGUGACGCUCUCAGCUCGGAUCUCAUCAGUUUGGUAAAAACCUCAAGCAACAAACUCCUCAAACAAGUGUUUCAAAAAGAUCUUUCCUCCAUUUCCGUCAGGGGCAACAUGAACCCGAAGCUGACCAUGAAAAAUGCCUCGAGACAACCAGCUGAAAGCAAAAAGUCUGUGCCAACUCUGUCAGGUCAGUUCCGUCAGUCCCUGGACUCCCUGAUGAAAACACUCACUGUGUGCCAGCCCUAUUUCAUUCGCUGCAUUAAACCCAACGACUUCAAGAAACCUAUGGUGUUCAACCGAGAGCUCUGCAUUCGCCAGCUUCGCUACUCUGGUAUGAUGGAGACCAUCAGGAUCCGGAAAGCUGGGUAUCCAGUACGCUACACCUUCGAUGAGUUUCUGGAGCGAUACCGUGUCCUACUGAACAGCUCACAAUGUGACCCGAAAACUCAAAGUAAAGUGAAAUGCUGUGACAGCAUCUGUAAAUCUGUGCUCACCAAGGAAGGGGACUGGAAAACUGGCAAGACAAAGAUAUUCCUGAAGGAUUUCCAUGACACAAUGCUUGAGCUGGAGCGAAUGAAAAAGCUCAAUGAGAAAACGCUUUUGAUCCAGAGAGUCAUGAGAGGCUUCAGAUACAGGAAAGCGUUCCUGAGGAAAAAAAGAGCGGCUCUUGUCAUUCAAAAACACUGGAGAGGACACAAGGGAAGAAAACUCUUCAAAAAGGUCCAGCUCGGCUUCAACAGACUGCAGGCGCUGGUUCGUUCUCGCCAGCUGCAGCAUCAGUAUAAGAAAAAACGCGAGGCCGUCAUCAAACUGCAGGCCCAGACCAGAGGGUACCUGGCCAGGAAGGAGAGGAGGAGAAAGACAGACGCUGUGAUAGUCCUGCAGGCCUACACCAGAGGCCUGUUGGCGAGAAAUGCUGCCAAAAUGAGAAAAAGACAUAUGUACCUCUCUGCUAAAGAGAAAGCAGCAGAGCAACUGGCUAUUUUGGAAAGACAGAAACACUUACAGGAAGUAUUAAAGCAAAAGCGAGAGGUGAAAGCCAAGGCUGACUCAGAAGUCAUCGCCGACGUGGAGAUGGUGGACGACCUCUUUGGCUUCCUUCCCCCGUUCAUUGGAGGUCACGAUGGACAGGCACCUGUUGGCUUUGAGAAAUUUGAGAAGAAAAUGACGAUCACAGAGGAGACUGAUAUUGACGACCUCCCCAUUGAAGAAGAACUAAUGACAGACGGCACUGAAGAUCUAGAUGAGUAUCCCUUCACCAAAUUCGCCUCCAUGUACUUCCAGGGAGCAGCCACACACACUCACAUCCGCCACAGGCUUCGACAACCUUUGCUCCAUCAUGAGGAUGAAGGAGAUGUUCUGGCGUCCUUGUCAGUUUGGUGGGUCAUUCUGAGGUUCAUGGGAGACCUGCCUGAACCAAAGCAGGUGGAGGUUCAGAGAACAGCCACACAGGGACAGAACAAGAAGAAGUCCUCUGCUCGACCUGGUGAGACAUCGUCAAAGUCCAGAAAUCUCCCUGGGAAAGAUGAUGAUAAUGACAUCAUGAUUGGAGAAGGACCCACACUGGACCGGCACCUAAACCCUCUUGAAAAACUACGCAUCAUUUGUAAUUAUGCUAUCGUCAGACAAGACCUAAGGGAUGAGAUUUACUGUCAGAUCUGUAAGCAGCUUCAAGAUAACAACAACCGGAACAGCUACCACCGAGGUUGGAUUCUACUGUCGCUGUGUUUGGGGGUUUUCCCUCCGAGUCAGCAAUUCAUGAGGUACUUGCAAAGUUUCAUUCGCUCCGCUCCAGUGGGCUAUACCGCAUACUGCGAUAAAAGGCUGAAACGGACCGUAACGAAUGGAGUGCGAGGCGAGUCUCCUGCCUGGCUGGAGCUGCAGGCAACCAAGACAAAGAAGCCCAUAAUUGUGACGGUGACACUGAUGGAUGGGCGUUCUGUUAACGUGUCAGUCGACUCAGCAUCCACCUCCAGAGAGAUCUGCCAAGUCAUCUCCAACAAAGUCAGGCUAACCGACACCUUCGGCUUUUCCAUCUACGUGGCUCUGUACGAAAAGGUGUGGGCUCUUGGCUCCGGCCGAGAACACUUGAUGGACGCAAUCUCCCAGUGUGAGCAGGAAGUGAAGAAAAGGGGAGGUCAGGAGCAGCACGCUCCUUGGCGACUCUUCUUCCGCAAGGAGAUCUUCACUCCCUGGCACGACUGUUCAGAGGAUAAGGUCAGCACCGACCUCAUCUACAAACAGAUCAUCCAUGGCCUCAAGAUGGGAGAAUACCAGAGUGAAAAGGAGGAUGACUUAGUGCAGCUUGCUGCCAAGCAUUUGUAUAUUCAGCACAGCACGGAAAACAAACAAAUGAAUGCAAAACAAGCUGUUCAGGACUGCAUCAACAACUCUCUGCUGGCCUCCAAGUCAGAGACCAAAUGGAUUCAGAUGGUCAGCGCUGCUCACGCUCAGGCCCCAUAUGUGACUUCAAAGCAGUCGGUGGAUACAGUGAAGGCGGAGAUGACCGACUACACCCGGAAGAAGUGGCCAAUGUACUUCUCCAAGUUCUUUCAAGUUGUCAAAAUCUCAGGUCCACCACUGCCAAAGAAUAACUUUAUCGUGGCGGUAAACUGGACUGGAAUCACAUUCCUGGAUGAAAGAGAGAAGAGGCUGCUGGAACUUUCCUUCCCUGAAGUAACAGGCGUCAACACCGUAAGAUAUGGAAAGGCUUCAGGUCAGGGAGUGUGUCUGUUGACGUUGAAAGGAGACUUCACUCUGAGUGGGUCAUCAGCCGAUGAGAUGUACGAGUUGGUCACCAUGUUCCUGAGUGGACUGACGGAGCGGUCGGAAUACGCCGUGGCUUUAACUGAUGCCAACAGACAAGAUGACCCCACCUUCCUCAGCUUUAAAAAAGGCCAGCUGAUUUGUAUUAUCAAAGAUGAUGAGUUCUCAAAGCAGCGUGGCUGGAUAAAAGGUCACUCUGAGAGCACGGGCAAAACGGGAGCCGUCUCCACUGAAGCCAUCUUGAUCCUACCGACACUCAGCAAACCCACCACGGAGGUCAUGAAACUCCUCAACGUUUCACCUAGUGAGAGGAAAAACAUUCUACAUGAAAAUAUGAAAGGGACAAUGGAUAGAAUGGCUCCGGCUACACUGAGGGAAUUUGCCAUCGAGUACUUCAGACAGCCCACAAAAGAUGUCAACCGCCAGGUGAUGUCCAGGAAUUCUGCUCCUGAAAAGUUGUGGCUACACUCCAGGGAGCCGCUCAAACAGCCGCUUCUGAAGAAACUGCUGCACAACACCGACUUGAGCCACAAAGCAUGUCUGGCUUUCACAGCUAUCCUGAAAUACAUGGGCGAUUAUCCCACCAAGCAGAUCCACAGUUCACUGGAACUCACCGACCAGAUUUUCGGCCAGGCCACUCAAAGCGAAGCCCUGCGGGAUGAAAUCUAUUGCCAGAUUAUGAAGCAAAUGACCAACAAUAACAACAGGUUCAGCCUGGAGCAGGGCUGGCAGCUGCUGUGGCUCUGCUGUGGCCUGUUUCCAACCAGCCAAACUCUUCUGAGGCAUGCACGGAAAUUUCUAGAAUCACGCCGCAGAGAGCCUCUGGCUUCAGACUGUCUACAGAGGCUGCAGAGCAUGUUAAGGAUGGAGCCCAGAAAACUUCCACCACAUCAGGUGGAGGUGGAUGCCAUCCAACAGAACAGCAUCCAGAUCUUCCACAAAGUUCAUUUCCCCAAUGACACUGAGCAGAUAUUUGAAGUUGCAACAAACACCAAAGUCAAGGAUCUCAUCCAGAACAUUGCCAACAAGCUCAAACUCUCCUCAGCGCACGGCUACAGCAUUUUUGUCAAGACGCAGGACAAGGUCCUCAGUUCAAAUGAUGCCGACUACUUCUUUGAUAGUCUGAGACAAAUCACUGACUGGUCCAGAAGAACCAAGAGAGUCAAGGAUGGUGGGCCUGUGAACGUAUCCUACAUCGUGUUCUUCAUGAGAAAGCUGUGGUUCAAUGUGACCCCAGGCAGAGACUUACAGGCGGAUCUGAUUUUUCAUUUCCCACAGGAGCUGCCAAAGUACCUGAGAGGCUAUCAUGUCAGCAGCAGAGAUGAUAUGAUAAACAUCGCAGCUUUGCUCUUCAGGGUGAAGGUGGGCAAAGACAAAAGCCAGUUUGUCAUGAUAACCAAAAUGCUGAAGGAGCUCGUGCCCAGCGACCAACUCAAGGCCAUUUCUGAGAAUGAAUGGAAGAAGAGUAUAGUUGCGUAUUACAACAAACACGGCGCCAUGACGGCUGACGAGGCCAAGGUGGCGUUUCUGAAAGUUGUUUGUAAAUGGACGACCUUUGGAUGCGCUUUCUUUGAAGUCAAGCAAACAUCCGACCAAAGUUUCCCAGAUAUUGUGCGAAUCGCCAUCAGUAAGCAGGGGCUUACAAUCUUUCACCCUAAAACCAAGGCUGUUUUGGCAAAUCACCCAUUCACCCGCAUUGCAAACUGGUACAGUGGAAGCACCUAUUUCCACAUGACUGUGGGCAAUCUGGUGAAGGGAAACAAGUUCCUGUGUGAGACGUCAAUGGGCUACAAGAUGGACGACCUGAUAUCGUCUUAUGUCAACAUGUACCUGAAAGAGCGGAGGGCGGAGCAAACCAGAAACUAAGGCUUCAACGCGUGAGCGACACAGCGCACUAUUGACAUCUGAGAAACACAAAUAACAGAAAAGCACAUAAUCUUUAGUGAAAUGAACAUUUUUGUACUUGAGCAGAACAGACAAUGAUUAAUUUACAAAACUUUAGAAUUGCUAAAAAAAAAA